CAUUAAAUAUAUAAACCGUUUAAUUAGCGUAUACACACUAGCAUAGCACAUACCUAAAACUAAAGAAAAGAACAACAUCAGACAUGGAGAAACGCCGGUCCACAUCUAAACAAGGCAAAAGGAAGCCACAAUUUGUCUCUGCUGGUGGAGGUGAUAUUGGGGGGCUUGUUGUCUGGGGCGGAGCCUUGGCUGUUGCAGGUUUGGCUGCAGCUUUUGCUGUCCGCAAAGGUAGAAGAAGAGGUGCCAAUGAGAUCAGCAGCCGCCGGCACAAAGAAGAGCAAGCAAGUCAAGGGCUGCAGUUCAUCCUUCAAACUUCAUCAUCUUCAACUUUUCAUUGCAAUCCAUGCUGCGCAAGCGAUGGAUCAACAAAGAUGGUUGCAACCCAGAUUGAUUCUUGCGAGUUGUUCUCCAAUGAAAGUUUGAUCUUGGAAGAAAAUCCUGCAUCUACAAACAAUUGCAGAAAUGAGAAUUCUAAAAAUGAUUAUCAGGGGAUCCUCAUCAAGGAUGAUUCAAAACAAGAAAGCAUUAACUCGUGUGACAAUUAUAGCGGGAUUGAAGAAUUACCAUCGCCAGUGUUUGAUAGCCACUCCUUGUAUGUACAGGAGAACAGGAUUGAGAAUGAUUCGGGAGAGGAAUCACCCUUAAUGGAAGUAGUUGAAGAAGGUAUAGAAGAGAAGGAAGCAUCGGAUGAUGUAAAGAUAGGAGAGAGAAUUUCAUCAAUGCAUUUAGUUGAAGAAAAUGGCGAUGAUGAUCAGGAGGAAGAAACCAAAGAGGAGUCCCCCUUGGUAGAAAUAAAUGCUCUUAAAAAGGAAGAACCAAUCGACUCUUUAAAGAUAUGUGAAGAGAAAAAUUCAUCAGUACAUUCAGUCAAAGAAACAGAGGAUGAUGACCAGGAAUACGGAAAGGAGUCGCCCGUGGUGGAAAGAAUUGAAGUCUGGAAAGAGGAAGAAUCGUUUGAUGAUGCUCCAAAGGCAAGUGAAGACAUAACUUCAACAGAGCGUUCAAUUGAAGAUGAGGAUGAUGAUCAAGAGGAAGAAGAAGAAGAAGAGGAUGACAAUGAAGAAUGUGUCAUGGAAAAAGGCGACGAGAAUUCAGAAGUAACAGGAAGCUCUUCAGCUGGAUCCAAUGAAGAAGAAAUUUGGCCAUUGGAAUCGGUAGAAGCAAUGUCACAAGCGCUCAAAAACACCUCGAUAAACCAGCAGUUCUCUGCAGCGAAGAUUAUGGAGGAAGACGAAACCAACGAAACCCAAGAGUGUAUUCACUUAGAUAACAGUGAAAUUAAUAUAGUUGACAAUUGCAGAUAUAACCAUCAGACUACCCACGCUUCAACGUUCUUGAAGAAAGAAGAAACCCUGGAGUUUACAGCGGCUAACGAUCAACCAAAGUGCUUAGCAAAAUGGAGAAAUUUGGUUUGGCAUAUGUUAGUGCUAGCAUUGAUGGUGCUACUUUUAUUUACCCUUAGGAAUGCAAUAUUUUAGUUAUCUUCUUAAGUGUGAUUCCCUCCUUGUUUUAUGAGAUAUAGAAAAACUGAAAUAAAUCAAUUUCAGUGAGUAGAGAAAUAAAACUAUUAAAGCUCUGUUGCAUCUUUUGUAGAAA